AUGUCGACCACCCCCGUCACCACUACUCCGAGUGACGCAGGCCCGGCCCAGCAACCCGCCCCAACACAGCAACUCAAUAGGUCCUGUGAAUCGUGCCGAAGUCUGAAAGUGCGCUGUCUACCGGAUCAUGUCUUCCCCAAUCAAUGUCAGCGAUGCGUAAAAGCCAAGAGAUCCUGUGUCUUUGUGGCCCCUCAGCGACGGCGGCCACGCAAGCGAACUGACUCGCGGGUGGCUCAGUUGGAACGAGAAAUGCGCCAGAUGCGUUCUCUCCUCAAAGAUCGCAUUCGAAUCGACGAAAGUAGCACCGAAAGCACGGGAAGUGAAAGAGAGGACUCUUUCGAACCCGAGUUUGGAUCGGAAUCCAGGGAGGCUUUGCAGACCAUCCCAGAUGCUCCGAGCAGCACGUCGGGAUCGAUCCGACCUAUCGAUGCCUCUCCGGGCUUUGCAUCCGUCUCGUAUCCACAUACUUUUGAGGAUGGCUCAAUACCCGCGACUUCUUUUAACCCAGCCCAAGCCAGAUAUUCCCCCGAGGUGGCCAUCGGGGAUGACGUUGUCGACCGGGGAGUGAUCAGCCUGGAUUAUGCCAACAAACUUGUGGCAUUUUACAUGACAGACCUGACGAUGUUUUCUCCCAUGGUGACAUUGCCGUGCGAUACGACCGCCGCCCAGCUGCGUCGCUCGAAGCCGGUGCUUUUUCUGUCGGUGAUUGCGGCAGCCGCUAUUGCCGUGGACGAGGGCCUAGCAGCCGUCCUCAACCGUGAGAUGGUUCGACUUUAUGCCGAGCGCUUUUUCAUGAACGGCGACAAGUCCUUGGAACUGGUUCAAGCCUUGCUGUUAAUGAUCGUCUUCUAUUAUCCCCCCGACUCGCCCUCGAAAUUGCAGCAUUAUCAGUAUACCCAUAUCGCCGCCACAAUGGCUUUGGAGAUCGGCUUAGCCUCUAAGCGCAGAGUCCUCAACGCCACGGACCGUAAAUCCAGCAGGCAGGAUGGGUAUGAUCAGCACAUGGCUGAACAGGCGAGGGCGAUAUUGGGGUGUUAUCACUUGGCAUCGACGGUCGCAAUGAAAACACGUCGACCCAACCUGCUUCUUUUCAAUGAUUGGAUGGAAGAAUGUGUCAAACACCUUGAAAACUCGCCGAAUUUGCUCGAUAAGCAUAUGGCCACGUGGUUUGAGCUGCAACGAAUCAUUGACGAGGCGAUGGCCUCCUUCGGCCUAGACGACACAAGUUCCACCACUCCUUUGACGGAGUCGCGAAUCCAAGCUAUACUGAGGUGGUUUGAUAGUCGGAUGCAAUCUUGGAUGAAGAAUGUCCCCACGGAGUUAUUCACUGUGCCGAUGGCCUUCGAAUAUCACUAUACCAUCCUUGCCAUAUAUGAGCUGGCCGUUGGAGAAGGAUAUCGAGAUCCCGAUGCCAUCAAGCGACAAUAUUACACGCUUCCCAGGCCGGAAGACGAUGGCAGUGAGCGGCAUCAAACCCCACCGAGUGCCGUGCGUGUAGACGUUACAAUCAAAUGGAUGAAUGCAGCCCAGGAGACACUCGAUACCUUUCUCAAGUGUGAGACAGACGUAAUGCGAGCCAUCCCCAAUCUUGUCUACACCCGAGUCGGGGUAGCCAUGAUGUCUCUUCUCAAGAUCUAUUUUUCGGUCAGGUCAGGAGGCUUGGGGGAAUUUAUAACGACCCAGUCCAUCAACGUGGAAAAGUACCUGGACGCGAUGACCAACAGCCUGAGCGAAGCCAGUGGCGGGGGCAAGUACAGGAUCCCCAGUCGAUGGCUGUAUGUCAUUGCGAUCAAAGCUCGGAAUUGGUAUGAUAAGUUCCAGCAGCGGCAGAUGCAGAGAGAAACAGGGCUUGCUCCCCCGACCCAGACAAGCCCAUCCACAUCGCAAGCUCCGGCUUCAUUUGCACAUCCUCCUUCAUACGACCCAGCGUCCACCCUGCCACAGCCGACCGGAGCGUACGGAAUGAGCGUGGACGUGCCGCAGGUCUCGGCGUAUCCAACGGUGGGUGGCGGUUAUGGAACGCCAGGAGGAAUGACCCCAGCGUGGCCACCUGAUCAGGGCACAAACCACCUUAAUUUUUCGGGCGUGACACAGUUCUCAGUAUAUACUCCACCCAUCGUGUCGUCACAGUAUGCAUAUGAGGCAUCUCAGCCGAGGGUUGUCCAGGGCGGUGCACUACAUAACGGUACACCGAUGGCUCCCAAUACCGGAAUGGAGCUCGAUGGCUGGGUCCCAGAUGGGGGGAUAUUGGGAAUGCCCAGUUUGCCGGAGAUCUAG